AUGGCGCUGCUGGUGGAGAAGACGUCGUCCGGGAGGGAGUAUAAGGUGAAGGAUAUGUCGCAGGCGGACUUCGGCCGCCUCGAGAUCGAGCUCGCGGAGGUCGAGAUGCCCGGUCUCAUGGCCUGCCGCACCGAGUUCGGUCCCUCCCAGCCCUUCAAGGGAGCUCGGAUAACGGGAUCCCUGCACAUGACGAUCCAGACGGCCGUCCUCAUCGAGACCCUCACGGCUCUCGGUGCUGAGGUUCGCUGGUGCUCGUGCAACAUCUUCUCCACGCAGGACCACGCCGCCGCGGCGAUAGCCCGCGACAGCGCUGCGGUCUUCGCCUGGAAGGGGGAGACCCUGCAGGAGUACUGGUGGUGCACGGAGCGCGCACUCGACUGGGGUGCCGAUGGCGGCCCCGAUCUGAUCGUGGACGAUGGCGGUGACGCCACGCUGUUGAUCCACGAGGGGGUAAAGGCCGAGGAGGAGUUUGAGAAGACCGGGAAAUUGCCCGAUCCCAACUCCACCGACAACACCGAAUUCCAGCUCGUGCUCGGCCUUAUCAGGGAUGGGCUCAAGGUGGAUCCCCGCAGGUACCGCAAGAUGAAGGAGAGGCUAGUUGGUGUGUCCGAGGAGACCACCACAGGAGUCAAGAGGCUGUACCAGAUGCAAGCCAGUGGCACGCUCCUGUUCCCCGCCAUCAACGUCAACGAUGCUGUCACCAAGAGCAAGGUAUUGUCUUCAGAUCUGAUGUUGGACCGUCCGCUCCAAUUCAUUCCUGGUCUUCCUAUUACCCCUUGCCUUCUGCCGUGGAGUCGAUUUCCAUGCUUAUCAAAUGGUUGGGUUAUCUUCUCUUCACCUCGAGGAGAUAUCUUAUCCGCUAGGGGUUUUUUUUCUACUUCUUGUUCUUCCUCAAUUUACCGGAUCUCUGUUUUCAGUUAACUUAGAUUUAUUUACCUGUGUUCUCAUUAGUUUCUGGUGGAUCUAUGUUUCGGUUAGUGGAGAUUUAAUUGUGCUCUCACUUAGGUCAACGAGAUCUCAAUCUCAGCUGUCUCAGAUUCACUUACUUAUUUCUCUCUAUUAGAUCGGCUAGAUCUCUAUUUCAGUAAGGUGGGACUUAUGCUCUCGCUCAAUUCGACCAAAUCUCUGGUUUAUGAGCUUCUGUUUCUUCCGUCGGCAAUGUAUUUCUCUACUCGAUUCUGGAUCUGGCCGAGGAAUGCAAAUAUCUUUCUUGGCCCAUUGCUGAUAUAAAAUCUGCAGUGGUGGAUCAUGCAGAUCUAGAUCUGUCACAUUCAAAGCUGGGGGGGGGGGCGAAUCUUAAUUUAAUUUUCUAGUUAUUCCCCAAAUCUUUUUUUCUUUCCGGCAUGUGGCGAGAUUUAUUUGAGCCAACAUUUUCAUGAAUUUUUUAUCAACGUUUUGAAAAAAUCAUAUUUGCAGUUUGACAACCUGUACGGAUGCCGUCACUCCCUCCCCGACGGCCUGAUGAGGGCGACGGAUGUGAUGAUCGCCGGGAAGGUCGGCGUCGUCUGCGGCUAUGGAGACGUCGGCAAGGGCUGUGCCGCCGCGCUGAAGCAGGCAGGAUGCCGGGUGAUCGUCACGGAGAUCGACCCCAUCUGCGCCCUGCAGGCCCUCAUGGAGGGAAUCCCGGUACUCACCCUGGAGGACGUCCUCUCCGAGGCGGACAUCUUCGUGACCACCACCGGGAACAAGGACAUCAUCAUGGUGGACCACAUGAGGAAGAUGAAGAACAACGCCAUCGUCUGCAACAUCGGCCACUUCGACAACGAGAUCGACAUGCUCGGGCUGGAGACCUUCCCCGGGGUCAAGCGCAUCACCAUCAAGCCCCAGACCGAUCGCUGGGUCUUCCCCGACACCAAGACCGGCAUCAUUAUCCUCGCCGAGGGCCGCCUCAUGAACCUCGGCUGCGCCACCGGCCACCCCAGCUUCGUCAUGUCCUGCUCCUUCACCAACCAGGUCGGUCCUCCUUCAAAACCCUUCCCCUCCUUCCUCCUCCCUCCUUCCUCCUCCUCCCGUUGACCUCCUCCACUCCUCUCCGGCACAGGUGAUCGCCCAGCUAGAGCUGUGGAAUGAGAGGAGCACCGGCAAGUACGAGAAGAAGGUGUACGUCCUUCCCAAGCACCUGGACGAGAAGGUGGCGGCGCUGCACCUGGACAAGCUGGGGGCGAAGCUGACCAAGCUGUCCCCCUCGCAGGCGGAGUACAUCAGCGUGCCCGUCGAAGGCCCCUACAAGCCCGCCCACUACAGGUACUGA